AAGCCCGUACGAUCAGUUGCGAGGCGAUUGCCAGUGUAGUUAUACCGGCAGCGCCGAACUGUGCGUUGAGGAAAACAACACAUUUACUUCGGAUAAGUUCUGCGUUUUCUUAUUUUCAAUUCAAGCCGCUUUUUUUGUAUGUGUGUGCUACCGAGAAUCUAUAGAGAUCUAGACUAGAUCUACGUCGUUAAUUUAUAUAAAUUAAUUAUAAACCACUAGAUCUAGGUUUUUGAUAUUGAAUUUAUAAAUCUAGACUAGAAUCUCAAGUUGCUCAACUCCAAUAACUGUGUUUAAACAAUGCCGUACGCUUUUCAUUUCCCAUAGGAUCAGUGUCACUGGAUAUUUCUGAAGUAAUUGAAGUAUAAUUUCAUUUAUGGAACACACCGCUUCGCGUGUCAGAUGAACGGAUUAUCUUUGAUUCAAUUCUGUUAGCUGGGUUUUGUUGUGGAGUUCAUCUCUGUGGUUCGAGGUGAGUGAUGGAUACGACUGUUUGAGAAGUUUAGAUUUUCAUCGGAUUAACUCCAGUACCAGACGUCAGUAAUGAGUGUCCCAAUCUCUCAUGACGGUACCUGUGGUGACCUCACGGUCCAGUCGACAGUCAGCGCCCUACACAUACCCGGCUCUCACACUUACAUCCCAUUCCAGCAGUUCUCGCUCGCUGACGGAUCCGGGAUUCGAAAUCCCUCCGACGACAACAACAACAAAUCAUCGUUGCCGGUGGUGUCAGUCGUCACGGCCGUGUCCGGACUCUGUCCUGCCAUUUCAGUGGUCAGCAUGCAACAGCAAGGACAGCUAGGACAGUCGGUGGUGGCGCCCACUAUAAUACCCACGGUCGUGGCGCCGAUGGCCGUUCAGUCAGCGAAUGGUUUGGGCACGGCCACCACCAUGACCAUGACAAGCGCGUUGACCAUCCCCAGCCAUUUGUCCAUCCCAGCCCAACAGCAGUCCAACAUUGCGAACACGGCCAUCAAUCUCAGCAAUCCCCAGCCUAGCGUCGCCAAGGCUGCAAACAACACCACCGUCUCCGCUAACGGCAACAGCGGAAACUCUUCCACUAGCAGCUACAUCUCUUCCGGAGGCAAGUCCAGCAGCUCCAGCACAUCGAAUAGCUCAAAGUCCAGCAACUCCUCCAGCACCAAGUCAUCCUCCACUGGAAGCCAGAACGUCUCCGCGGAGCAAGCCGACGACUUGGUCAAGCCCGUCUUCAAAGACGGGGAGCUCGUUUUGGAAGUGGAAUGCGGCCAGAACAAGGCCAUCCUGUAUCUUUCCAAGCUCUGCCAAGGCAGCAAAGGACCUUGCAUCAGCUUCCAGAACUCGUGGCUCACUCCUAACGAGUUCCAGUUCGUCUCUGGCCGGGAGACCGCCAAGGAUUGGAAGAGGUCUAUACGGCAUCACGGCAAGUCUCUCAAGCUUCUUCUGGCUAAGGGCAUUCUCAAUGUCCACCCCACCAUGUGUGACUGUGAUGGCUGUCGUCAGGGAGCAACUCUGACCCGCAAGGGAGAGAAGCGUAGAAUUCCUAACGGCGAGAGGAAGCCGCGGAAGCCAAGCAGUAACUCCAGCAACGCCGCUGGGGCGGAGAGGCACGUGGCCGGCGCCUUCCGGCCGGUGGCCAGUGCCACAAUGACGGCCAAUCUCAAUCCCGCUGGGGGCGCUCAGGCUAAAUCGGAAGCGAAGCGUCAUUCCGCUGACAAGCCCAAGAUGGUGGACGGCACUCCAGCGAGCAUUGCAAGUGACAGCUCAGCCAGACCUGGUCUGCCCUUGAAGUCUCCACCUCACCAGCGCCCCGUUUCCCUGAACACCGGCGCCGCCGUUGAUUUGGCGUUCAAGCAGCAACACGCGAAGAGCAAGUCUUCUCCAGCGGCUGCUGCAACGACGUCACCCACUUCGUCAUCUUGCUCAUCGUCCUCUUCAUCUUCCAAUUCAUACUCGUCGGAGAAUGUGAUGUCCACGUCCUCGACCUUGUCAGCCAGCUCCAUGAACACUGGGGCAAUCCCUCAGCAAACAAACCCAUCUUCAACACCGUCAACUCCCAGCAAGAUGACCACGUUCGCGUCCUCCAUCAGCAUGGCCACCAGUUUGUCAUCGCAUGCGGUUAACCCCUUCGUGAUCCCUAACCAGCAACACUCUCCUUGCCUGCCCAUGCAGGCCGCCAUCGCACCUCACCUGGGCGACAGGACCGUCACCUCUUACCACCCUUUGUCCAGCAAUCCCCAGACACCCCAACUCCUUAGCCCCAAUCUGCCAGGUUCAGACCACGCUCAUACGCCAACAGGUUCCGGCAGUGAUAUUUCUGACCAUGGCGCGGUCACGGAAGACAACCAGCAUGAAAAUGGCGAUGAUCCGAACAAUUCCGGAAGUGAUCAUGACGAUGUUGACGAUUCCGAAGAAGAUCUCUCCGACGCCAACAUUGACGAUGACAGCGAGGAAGAAGACAAUGAGACGGAAGACCCAAACAAAACUAUUGACAAUCCCAUUCCAGCUCCAGACGACAAGACACCAAACGUUGAAGACAGCAUGGACAACUCAGUCCAUUCUGAGAACGAGAAACACGAGAACAGCAACGCUUCUCACACUAUAAAAAAGGAAACCCCGAGUUAUGAAGGCGAAGACUCCGCGGUCGUGGCAGAUAUGUCUGUCGUAAAAGAAGAAACUAAACCAGUAGAAAUGCGUGAAUCAUCUCCAGAAGUUCGUAUGUCUGCUCCAUCUGAAGUUCACUCCCCACCCUCCACACCAGUCACAGCUUAUGGAUACUCAACAUCCGGGGCUCAUCCUUUAUCAUUAUCCAUAUCCACCACCAAUGUAAAAUCGGAACAUAUCUGGGUGCCCCCAACGCUUUCCCCUCACAGUGAAACCAACCUUCACAGAGUUUUAGCUGCUGGGCAGCCUUUGAAGUCGCCAUCUCGAGCUCCUGAGCACAGUUUACAUAAUGACAUGUCUCACAACGUAUUGAACAAUAAAGACAUCGAAAAACUGCACAGUUUUAAAAAGGUAAUGUCACCCACUUCUGAUCAUCACCCCCACAGGCCUUUUGAAAAGAAGGAGUCGCCUCAACCUAUGGUCAAGACCGAAAAUAAAGGUUUCCAUAGUAUUGACCGUCAUUUCAAUCACCACAGUGACUCCUCGUCCAAGAGAGAACACGCGGAUGCUAUCAAACCGUCGUUUUCAUUGGAGGAUAAAAAUAGAGAACGCGAGAGAGAAGAGCGUCACAGGCAGAGGCUGAAAGAGGAGAGGAAUCGUAAAGACAGAGAGCGAGAAGAGAGGAGAGAGCGGGAGAGGAAAGAGGAGAAGGAGGCUGAGAAGAGGAGGUUGGAGGAGAAGGAAAAAAGGGACUCUGCCAAAUCUCAGGCAGAGUCAAGUGGCAGCGCCAAACAGGAGCGUUCCACCCCGGUGUCGUCAUCAGGCACGGAUCCCUCAAGACGGCCCCCUGGUGGCGUCGCGGAUGCUGCAGCUUUUAGCGAAUACAUGCGUGUGCUUGCUGCAGGACAUGGACAUACAUUUAACAUGUCCCCAACUCAGGCGUACAUGCCUUCUUUGUUCGCAAUGCGACCACAGGAAACAGCGAUUCCUACCCACUUGCUUCACCACCUCUCCGCCUAUGGGCAUCAGCUGGGCGGCCUCACCAAGGAGCAGCUCAUGUACCAGACAGCCGCCGGGGCGUACACUCACCCGGCAUUCGCCCAACUCCACCCGCUGCUCCAGAGACAGCCCUACGCCCAGGCGUCCCUCCUCGACUACCAGCGGUCUCUGGCGGCCUCUGUGGCUGCAUAUCCAUGGUCAGCGGCGUAUCCUUACCUGAUACCAGAUCUGGCUGCCUCCACGUCGGCGGCGGCGGCUGCAGCAGUAGGAUCCAAGAGACAUGCCAGCGAGCUGGAAGCAGCAAUGGAACUUAACGCCAAAAGAUUAAGAAUGGAAGGAAGACCUCAAGAUUACACCUCAACAUGGGAGUACUUUACAGCAGCCGCGGCAGCCACCCAACAACAACAGCAGCAGCAACAGCAGCAGCAACAGCGGAUAGCCAUGGCCCAGUCAAUCCCUUGCGGCCUGGAAUCCACCAGCAUGGACAAGACGGCAGAGUAUCUUCGAAAGAGGUACAUGGAGUAUGGCUCCCAGGCAGCUGCCUACCUCUCUGCCCUGCCAGAGUAUGCCCGGCCCAUGUACCACUGUGCCUGCGCUGACCACCGAGACGAGGACAUCCGAAUGUGGGGCGUGGAGGAUGUUUGCAAGUUCCUGAACUCUCUGGAUGGCUGUGGAGUAUAUGCAGAUCAUUUCCGUGAGCAGAGAGUCGAUGGGAGAAUACUAGCCUUGCUGACCACAGACCAUCUGGUCAAGAAUCUCGGCAUGAAACUUGGCCCGGCUGUUCUUCUUGCUGAAGCCAUAGCCAAGAAGUUGCAGGACAUCAGCAAAAUGUCCAACUGUGAAGCUUGCAGGAGUAUCGCCAUGAGUCAAACUCUCCAUCCAAUGGCCAUGCCUUUGUAGACGCUGACCUAGUCCUCUUAGUGAUUUGUGUAUAAUCAAUCCUCAGGCUGUGCCCUUAAUCAUAAACUAGGUCUUGAUACCUGAAUGAAAUAUAGUGCAAACCAGGUCACAAUAUGGAUACUAAAAAUUUCUAAUAAGCAUCAGUACCGGAGCUAAAAUCCAACCAGCAUUCAUUGGAUAGUAGUGGAUUAUGUGACAAGAAACCUAAUAGUUGAUUGGCUAUAGCCAAGCAAUUCAACAAGAUGCUGGCUAAUGAAGUAAAAGACUGAUCAUUCAGUAUUGACAUUUUAUUCAUUAACCUGAAUACCAAAUAAAUGUUGACAAAAAAACUAUUUUGUGAUAUUUCGGAUUAAAAUAUUGAUACUGUAUCUGAUAGCGGAUUAUUUCGUAUAUCUGUGGAUUAUACAACUGCAGCUUGUGUCAUUGCUUUAUGUGGUUGCUUUCCUGAAUGGGUUAUAAGUGGACAUCAUAUUACAAUAGAUGACCUAUUUCUUGUGUUGAGUACUUUUAAAUAAUCAUUUAGACUAAGCCUUAGUUAAUCUUCCAUUCACAAUGUUUUAUUUAUUAUAUCUAUGUUUUUUGUUUACCAAGAAAUGUUUUACCGUUUGAAAGCUUCAAUCCUAAAAUGUUGCCUGGGGAUAUUCUGUUGUUUUUUUUUUGUACCACACUUUGAGAACCUCUGAUAUUAUAGUGAAUUAGGGUCAGUGUGACAUGUGAACUGCUGGUUAUACAUUUUAGAGCUAUCCAGCAUGUUUUAAGACAUUGAUGUGUUCAUGCUGGGGAGGACAGGGGUUGGGGGGAGGGGAACCCACAGGGAUGAGCAAGAUGCUUAUUGUAGAACAUAUAUGGGAGGAGGGAACAAAAAGGGUUUGAGACUUCUUUCAAGAAUGCCCAGCUUGGGCCCAGACAAUAAACAAACUGUAAAAUUAGCAUGUGACAUGCAUAUAUUUGCAUAAAUUAUCAUUAGUUAACAUCACAAACGUUACAUUGGGCAGUAAAAGAUUGAGUACAAAAUGCAUAGUACAGUCCAGUAACACACCACAGCUUGUAACGUUUUCUCAUAUCAUUUAACUUUCAUAGAACUGUGUCUAUUUCAUGUUAUUUACCCACAUUUUUAUGUCACUGGCGACACUAUAGGUCAUUGGUCGUACUUUAGGUCAAUGAACCACACUUUAGGUCAUUGGCGACACUAUAGCUCAUUGGCCACACUAUCAUUGGUUGCACUUAGGUCAUUGGCCACACUUUAGGUCAAUGGCCAAACUUUAAGUCAGGGGUGUAGCUAGGAACUUUCCAUUGUUUGGGGGCCCGGGGGGCUUGACCUCUUAGGGGGCCCCUGCAUUUUGUGUAAUAUUUAAUUUUUAAUGUAAAAAACACUAAUUUGGGGAACCCCCUCAAGUGGAGGCCUGGGGAAUUUUCAAAUUCUCCCCUCCCCCCCCCCCCCACCCUAGCUACGCCACUGAUUGGAGUCUAUUGUGUUGAAAAGAAAAUGUAACCCUAAUGCUCAAAUGUGUGACCAUAUUGGCUACUCCAAGUUCUGUUAGUCUGAACAUUUUAUGUUCUGGUUUGCUCACUUGUUCACGCUUGAUUCAUGUUUAAUGUUAAACCAGAAAGUGGAUUUCUAGUUUUCAUUCUAGUAUUCAUUACUCGCGCUAUCUUAUUUCUGUAUGUUCCAAUGUUAAAUCAUCAUAUGCUUGAGUGUGUCAAAGCAUAAUGGCCAGUGUUACAGAAAUGUCACUGUUUCGUUGUUAUGUCAGUCUCUCUAUUGGCACAACUUUUGUGGCACUCUCUAUUGGCACAACUUUUGUGGCUCUACAAUAACAAUUAAGAAAGCUUAUUCACUGACCAAAUAUGCUCCAAUUUAACUCUUGAAAUACCAUGGAAUCACUUUGUCCGUGGGUUUCAUUGAAGUUCUUUUAGAUUGAUUAGAUUGUUUAUUUCAUAAGUGUUUCUUACAGACUUAUUUACAGUUACUAAGCCAUAUUAGUAUGAUAGUAAGUAUAAGCUGAAAGUAGACGUAUGCCUAUGUUCAGAUUGAAGAGACUUAAAGUUGUUGUUUUUUUUGUGUUCACAAUUGUAUACAAUUAUGUUCCGUCUCUUGCUCUUAAGAUCCUUUGUGUGCCUGUUAUGUUCUAUUGGUUUGAAUCCUGAGACUUGUUAUAUUCAUAAUUAAGCUGUAUAUAAGUUCUGUAUAUAAAUUAUAUUUAUACACUGCCCGUGCAUUGGGUCAGAUUGUAAAUAACAGUAUAUCCUUAAGAAGGCAAAGGUCAUAUUGCCUACCCAUUCACACACAAACACUAACCUCUCUCCCCAACACACACACACACACACACAAUUUCUCACUCAUUUUAAAAGUCGUGUUGCCAUAAUAGUAUAACUAGUAAGAAUUUUGUUUGAAACGAUUGUAAAUAUUGAAUUCUAUAAGAGAACUAUUUGAGUUGCUGUCUCCGGAGUAUCUGAUACUUAUUUAUUAUAAUUCUAUCAAUUGUGGACGUUAUAUUUUUGUUGUUAUUCUUUGAUAUUGGAAGCACUUUUAUGUACAUAUGGAGUGUAGACAAUAUUAGCACAAUAGAAACAGUAUUUUCAUUAUGUAAAUGUACCGGUAUUUCAGAUUUUAAAACGACCUAAGGCGAGCCUCAUUCAUUGAAGGUUUACAUAUAUUUUUAGCUUUAUGACUACCUUUGGCGAGCCCCAUUCACUGCAAGUCGUCUGCUGAUAUUAGUGAGUGCAUCACUACUGACCUAGUUAAAUGUUAUAGCAGGCUAAUUUUAUUUUGCUCGUAAAACAAGUGCUUAAUUUAUGGAAUGGAGGUACAUUAUAUAAAAAUCAAUGUUAGGAUUUUUUUUCCCGCAGCAUAGGACAAAUGAGGACAGAAAAAAUGUAUAGCCAAAUAUUUUGAAGCAAAAAUAUUUUGUCUCAUUUUAAGCCCAUGCAUUACAAAUGAGAUCCUGUUGUAUGACAAUUAUCACUGAGUGUCAGGAAAUACCCUUUGAUGUGUUUCUUUUGUACUAUAUUACCAAGUGUGGAGUCUCGAAGUGGGGUCAGAGUGGGGUCAUUAUGAGGUCCACCAAUAUAUUUUUUUUUAUAUUCAACUUGUAUAAUCCUUAGAAAAUGAAGUGGCUGUGAAAGAGAAGAGUUGUUUGCCCCUUGUUGGUCUUGUUGGCCGUAUUAUCAGCUUCUUCCAGAUUUGUUUUUCUUUCGUUUCAUUUGUUUUAUCUAUUGUGUGUCGUUUUGUUUUUUUAAAUUACCAUAAUAUAUAUGUUUUCACAAUGUCAGCUAACAAAUGGUUUUAUUUUGAAGCAAAGAAAUAAAUCAAUUCUAAUUAUA